AUGGAAACUUGUCUGAUGUGGGAAAGAGUUCCCUUGCGGGGUGUGUUUCUGUCCAUUCUGCAGAGUGCCGGCGGUCCGAGGCUGUCCAUUGGGCUCUACACCAUCCCCAGGCAAACCAUUUGCUCCCUGAUAGGUAGUUUGCGUUUCCUAAUUCAUGUGGAAAUCCUCACUGUCCAGGAGGAUGAAUGGCAGUUCUUGGCAAGUAUUGUCCCAGAACAGCAACUGGAGCUGCAGAAACAUCAGAAGUGCCCCAGCACCUUGCAGUGGAUGUUGUUCAGACUGUUUGGAGAGGUGGGUCAGUACCACACGCAGGAGAAGAGAGAUGGCUUCUGCAGACCUGACCGUAAUUUUGCACCCUGUGUCAGCAGAGCGGCGCUGCCUGUUGGGCAUUGUUGCGGCUGCCCAAACAAACAGGAACUCUUCAGCACAAGCAGCAUGCUUUCUAAAGACAAAGAUAAAUCUGUUGCUUCCAAAGAGAGCACACCUGAAGGGGCAGCAAAGAGGCAGGAGGAUGGAGCAGGAACACCAAAGCAGCAGCUGUUAGACAUUAUUGGUAAUAUGAAAGUGGAAGUGAGCUACAGGAAGAAACUCCAACAAUUAAAAGCCAGUGAGAGCAAGAAGCAAGCCAUGAACGAGCUGGAAGGCCUGGAUAGUGAAGGUUCUGUGCCUCAGGGAAUUACAGAAGACACCCAACGAGGCAAGCCUUUAAAUCCGGAACUGGUGAAGGCUGCUUCUGCAGUUGCAUCUUCCCUUCCACACAACAAGAAGCAGACAGUAUCAGAACUCCUUGCACAACUAAGAAGGCAUGAAGAAACCACAGAUAAACAGAAGAAGGGGGGAACUGUUAACAUACGCAAUGUUAUUUCAGAAAUGACAGUUAAAAGGCAGUCCUCAGCCCAGAGGGGUGCGAGAAUAUCCGGACGCUUUUCCUUGCAGUUGGAUGAGGAUGGUCAAAGAACAAGGCCUGCCAGAUCAUCAGCUCAGUCUGUGGACUCCAGAAGAAGUCUCAAAGUAGGAAAGAGGCUUAAUAUAUUCACUAAAGCUUCUACAGAACCAGAGCACGCACUGAAAACAGUAUCUUCGCCAACAAUUUGGGAUCUGGAGUUUGCAAAGGAGGUUGCAGCAGUAACUGCACAACCUCCCCGAAACGGUUUUGAGGAGAUGAUCCAGUGGACAAAAGAAGGAAUACUGUGGGAGUUCCCAAUUGACAAUGAAGUUGGGAUGGAGGAUGAUGCUGAGUUUCAUGAACAUAUCUUUCUGGAGAAACACCUCGAAGGCUUUCCCAAGGAAGGACCUAUCCGCCACUUCAUGGAACUAGUCAUCUGUGGGCUCUCGAAAAACCCAUAUCUCAGUGUUAAGCAGAAGGUUGAACAUAUUGAAUGGUUUCAGAAGUAUUUUGAGGAAAAGAAGGAACUUCUUCAAGAGAUUUGAGAUUUGGGAAAGUGCUUACCCUUGAAAUGAAGAAUCGUUAUGUCAAGGGGGACGAUUUCUUAUGGAUGGAAAUACAUACAUAGUGAUCAUGUGGCCUGAAAGUUGUAUUUUAAACAAUAAACUGAUAGAUCAUCUUUUCUUA